UCUUCUCUGAGCUGUACUCAUUCUUCUUUGGCAUGUAAAUGAUUAACAUGGUCAUCUGCUGUGUGAUAAUGUCCACCUUGGCCAAAGAGGAGGCGUGGCGGGCGUCUCUGGAAAUCUCCAGAAUCCAGGCGGAGAACAGAUGAGUGUGGAGGAAAAGGGUAGAGACUUCAGACUCUACAUAGGACAGACACAAACUGGCUCAUGACUUAGACCCAGCGGAAAAAACAACUGAAGAAGUCGCGUAGAUUGUGCGAUUUAGGUCUCUGUGUUUGUGAGACAGAAGUGGAAAUAAUGUUAUCUUUAGCGCAUGUAUGUAGACUUAUGGGGGUCAUGUCCUUUGUCGUGGCUCAAAUCACGGCUCAGGAUCAGUACAUGACCAGAGCUUUGAAUCUCAUGUCUGAGACUCCUCUGAUAGAUGGUCAUAACGACCUGCCAUGGCAGCUCCGGGAACGGUUUAACAACCAGCUGAACAAAGUUGAUCUGAACACGCUGAACACUACACACACCAACAUCCCCAAGAUCAAGGCGGGGAAGCUGGGGGCACAGUUCUGGUCAGCCUUCGUCCCAUGUGAUACUCAAUACAAAGACGCAGUGAGACAGACAUUGGAACAGAUCGAUGUGAUCCACAGGAUGUGUCAGAAGUAUCCAGAAACAUUUCGCUUCACCGCCAGCAGCCAAGAGAUCAGAGCGGCGUUCAGAGAUAAUAGGACGGCCUGUCUCAUCGGGGUGGAGGGGGGUCAUUCCCUGGACAGCUCCCUUGGGACCCUGCGUGCCAUGUACCUCCUGGGGGUCCGCUACCUCACCCUGACACACUCCUGCAACACACCCUGGGCAGAUAACUGGCUGGUGGACACCGAGUCUGGACACUCCGAACACAACGGGCUCUCUCCAUUUGGCAAGCAAGUGAUCAAGGAGAUGAACCGGCUGGGAAUGUUGAUAGACCUAUCCCAUAUGUCAGUGGAGGUAAUGAACCAGGUACUAAACAUGUCGGCAGCCCCCGUCAUCUUCAGCCACUCCUCCGCCUACGGCAUCUGUCCUCACAAAAGAAACGUCCCCGACGACAUUCUCCUCAAGGUGAGAGACAAAGGCGGCAUUGUCAUGAUAAACUUCUACAACGACUACGUAACAUGCAGCCGUACGGCCAACGUCUCCAAUGUAGCGGAUCACUUUGACUACAUAAAGAAAUUAGCUGGACCCAGUAUAAUCGGCUUUGGAGGAGAUUAUGAUGGAGUGACCAGGGUACCAACGGGUCUGGAGGAUGUGUCUAAGAUGCCGGUGUUGGUAGCAGAGCUGCUGGCAAGAGGAUGGAAGGAUGAGGAAGUCAAAGCAGCUUUAGGAGAAAACCUUCUCAGGGUUCUCAAAAAGACAGAGGAGGUGCGGGACAGUCUGGCCGCUGCUCCACCAGACGACGUCCCCAUUCCAUUGGAGGAGGUGCAGAACACCUGCAGGACCAGCUAUGGUUACCCUGACAGCAGUUACCCUGACAGCAGCUCGUGGGGCUCUUCCCUCAGCUGGCUGACUGUCCUCAUGUCUUUGUUUGCCUGCCUCCAGCUCAGAGAGCAUUAGAUGCGUCUAGCUGCCUGUCUCACUCUCAGAGAGGACUCGAAAGGUCUGGAAUAUAGUCCUGCAUACUUUGUCGGCUGAGCUCAGGAGGUAGAGCAGUUGUCUUGUAACUGAAAGGUUUCUAGUUCGAUCGGUGUUGAUGUGUCCCUGAGCAAGACACUUAACUCUAACUGCUCCUGACUAAUGUAUUAUUUAUUUAAUCGUACAAACAUUAAAUCACAGCAUGUUUUUUGAUUCAAAGUUCUGCCUAAAAUCAUACUAAAUUAGGUAUAACCUACUCUUACCAAUACAAUCCCGAAUGAGCAAUCACACAUAGGACUCCUAGCAAAAUAUUUCUGUAUACUACGGAAACACACAUUACAGAAGCUAUUAUGGCCUAUAGUCACUUGCAAGGCCCGUCAUCUAUUUCACUCUAGGGCCAGCUACAGAUCAACUCCCUUGACGGUAGUUAUCUUUCCGGUUUAUUCCAGAAAGGUGCAAUAUUUUAACUCCUACAGUCAUUGUCUUUUAACCCUUUACUUGUUUUUCUUUUUGCCUCAGUCCAUUUCCUGCGUUUAAGCACUUUGGUGCGGCUCAGCCGUCUGUAAAUGCGCUUAAGAAAUAAAGAUUGACCUGACUUGACUCGUUGUAAUCUGAAUUACAAUAACACGUUGUCCUCCAUACAGACUUGAGAUUCCUGUCUUUUUUUUUUUCGUAUGUUGAAGUCGCUGAUAUUCAAACUCUGAGAUUGGAGACAAGAUGGAGGAAGCAGCUCAAAAGAUAAAUGCGUUUAGUCUGAUAAAACAAUGUAGGAGCAGAGUAAGUAAAAAGUUAAUUGUAUCUAUGAAUUUCAAUCAUAAAUACAAUUUCAGAAGUGGAUGAUCAAUGGUGAAUAAAAUAUAUUGCUAUAACAAGCAAUUAUAUGAAAAAGAAAAAGACUAGUGCGAAAACGGCACUUCCACUUAUUUGAUCCCAAUACAUUUCAAGACUGUAUUGUAUAUACAGUUAGACUAGAUGUAUGUAUAAGGUGAUAACCUUAUAGAAACAGCUAGUUUACCUGUAUAUACAAUACAGCUUAUAACCUUAUUCAUACAUCUAGUCUAACUGUAUAAACAUGUCAGCAUAUAUUUACAUUCAAUAUCAACGUUUUUAGAUAAGUAUAUAUCAACGUAUAGUUUUGAACUGCUCGUGGGGCUUUUCAUUGCUCUUUUGUUGUUUUGAGGGAAUAUAAUGGGGGUAGGCUAUAGGCCUACUCUGAUUAAAAAAUUAGCAAAAUAUGUAUUUAAUAUUUCACAAACGUGGAACAAUUAGCUAAAUUUCAUUCUGAAUCCGGCCCCGCCCCCUCGGUUCUCAAGCACUUUUUUACAACCUAUGGCCAUCAUUUAUUUUUCUUUGACAUGGACGCAUAUAUACUGGAUGUUACACAUGAACAUAUUAUAUUCACACAAUAUUCUUAAUAGCCCCGACAUGAUUGAUUCUUGGUUCCUGUCGUAGGAACUUGACGAUGGGAAGUACAGAUCAGGUAGCUUAAGAGUUUAUGAGUUCUAUGUAAGGUGUCAUUUACAAAA